UACGUCACCUGACCAAGACUCUGGAGAGGCAAUGGCGGCGCCCACGUUGCGCUCAUGCUGUUCUGUAAGGCGUUGGGCUUUAACCUAUAUUGAUGGCGGUUCUCGCCGCGGAAGACGGGCUCCGACUGGGUCCACGUCCAGCGGGAAAAGGGGACAGAGUUCUGUGGCUCAGCAGCCCCUCAUUACGACCCAGAAGGAGAGGAAAGGUGAACACAAAUGGGCAUCUGUGGUAGGCUUGGAAAUUCAUGCCCAGAUUUCUUCCAACUCUAAACUCUUCUCUGGAUCUCAAGUCCGCUUUGCAGCACCUCCAAAUUCCUUGGUAUCUUUUUUUGAUGCAUCUCUGCCUGGAACUUUGCCGGUUCUCAACAGGAGGUGUGUCGAGGCAGCAGUGAUGACAGGCCUGGCACUGAACUGCCACAUAAACAAGAAGUCCUUGUUUGACAGGAAGCACUACUUCUAUGCAGACCUCCCUGCAGGCUACCAAAUUACCCAGCAGAGGCUCCCGAUCGCAGUAAAUGGGAGCUUGGCAUACAGCAUCUGCGUGGAGAAAAAGCCGAGUCAGUUGAUCACCAAGACAGUGAGGAUCAAGCAGAUCCAGCUGGAGCAAGACAGUGGCAGAAGCCUCCAUGAUGACCUUCGGUCUCAGACACUCAUUGAUUUGAACAGGGCAGGAGUCGGCCUUCUGGAAGUGGUCCUGGAGCCAGACAUGUCGUGUGGAGAAGAGGCAGCAACAGCUGUCAGGGAGCUGCAGCUGAUACUUCAAGCCCUGGGGACCAGCCAGGCAAAUAUGGCAGAGGGCCAGUUGAGAGUGGAUGCCAAUGUAUCUGUGCAUCACCCUGGGGAGCCUUUGGGCAUUCGAACUGAAGUGAAGAAUCUCAACAGUGCCAGGUUCUUGGCCAAAGCAAUAGACUAUGAAAUUCAGAGGCAAAUCAAGGAACUUGAGAAUGGAGGUGAAAUUCUGAAUGAAACCCGCUCAUUUGAUGACAAGCUGGGGUGCACUGUCCCGAUAAGAGACAAAGAAGGAAAACAAGACUACAGGUUUAUGCCUGAACCCAACCUGCCUCCGCUGAUCCUCUACGACACGGCUUCUCUGCCUGCCAACGUGGACCCGCAGCAAGUGAUCAAUAUUGACUGGAUUCGGGAGCAGCUGCCUGAGCUCCCCAGGGUGACAAGGGAGAAGCUCACCCAGCAGUACGGGAUGCUGCCAGAACACAGCUUCACCUUACUGAAUGAAGUUGGCCUACUGGAGUUCUUCCAAAAUGUGAUAAAAGAAACUAGGGCAGAGCCAAAAAAAGUGACUAACUGGGUCCUCAACACUUUCCUGGGCUUUUUAAAGCAGCAGAACCUUACUGUGAGUGAGAGCCCUGUGACGCCGUCGGCACUGGCUGAGCUUCUCAACCUGCUGGACAGGAAAGCAAUUUCUUCAGCCGCAGCUAAACAGGUGUUGGAGGAACUGUGGAGGAGUCAAGGGAAGACCCCAGCACAGAUUGUUUCAGAACGGAAGCUUGAACUGAUGCAGGAUCGAGAGGCCCUGGAACGGCUUUGCCAGGCCACGAUGGAGGGACAUCCUCAAGUGGUAAUGGAUGUGAAGAAGGGAAACCCCAAAGCUAUAAAUAAGCUGAUUGGGUUGGUCCGAAGAGCGACUCUCAGCCGAGCAGACCCGACCGAGGUAAAGGAGAUCCUGGAGAAGCAGCUGUCGCCGUGAGACGCUUCCCGCCCGGCCUCAGGGAGACCAGCACGGCGGGACAGACCCGCAGCCUGGGGCCCCGACGCCCUGUGCUCGCAUGCCGCCCGCCUGCUCCCCGGCCCAAGGGGCCAGCAGCGGCCUCACCCGUUUGCUGCCUUGGUGUCAAAAUGGUCCCCAUAAUCCCGAACUAAAUGACCCACUUCUAAACACUGUUACCAUUCUAAAAUAAGUCCUUUAACAAAUAUUUCUGGGCAUGGCCUAUGGGCCAGGCAGGCAUUGUUCUAAGUGUUGGGAUUUGCAGCAAUCAAGAGAGUGAUGUGGAGGCCGUAGUUAAGCCUAAAAAUAGAUUGUGAUGAAAACGCAGCAAAAUAGAUGACACGGCCCAAACAGCGCUUGUUCAGGCCCCGUGAGUGGGGAAGGACAUCAGUCUUCUGUAUUAGAUUCGCUCACCCCGAGUAAAAGUGAUGCUGCCUGUUCAGUUCUGGGGAUCCCAGAAGGCACGGCCUGAGAACAAUUUUUUUUUUUCCUGGUAAAACAGACGACAGACAUUUUCAAAUAAAUUUAAUGAAUAAAAUAUAUACUGAAAUAUCACAUACAAAAUUAACUUACACUUCAAAGAUUGUGCAGUUGACAACUUCCCCCACCCCCAAUCCUCAGACCAUAAAAAGGUUUUUAAAAAACUAUAAUAUUAAGUUGAUCUGUUUUGCCUGGCAAGAAUGAUUAUAAACUAGUAAGUACAUCAACUUGACCUUUAACAGUAACUGUGGUGUAGUUAACGGUAGUGGCACACAGGCUGGGCUGCCUUCACACCAUUCUCCUGACAGUAACACUAGUUCCUUCACCCGGAAGUGCCCCUUUGUUCACUGUAUGCCCCUGUUACCUCUGACUCGGUAUGCUCAAAGACCCGUUUUGCAAAUGCUGAUUUUUAAAAGUACAUGCCCAACUGUUACAUAAGUAACAGAACAAAAUCCUUGGAGGCCCUGAUUAUACCAAGUUCAUGAGCCUACUUAGACGUGUACAAGCACUUCCAUCAUGAACGGAGCCCCAGAACACUAGACUGCCCCCCACCAGUACAGCAGCGAGUGGGUCCUGGGUCGCAGUGCCUCCCUCCCAAGGUCCCUAAGAGCAGCGACAGAGAUGUGCCUCUGACUCAGCCAAAACGGGCAGAAAGGAAACCACUUGGGUGGUUUAUUUCAGACAAGCAUGAAGAGAAUGUUUCUAAAAAAGACUUUUUAAAAGAGUGACUUAGAGUUUAAGUGAAUAUGUUACGUCACCCAGAUAGCCAUGUGCCCGUGAUGCAUUCCGUUGCCAGACUGAAUACUACUGGGCCCAAGAGUAAAACCUUUUCUCCUUCAACAGAAAAAGAGUCCGUUCUCUCUCCUUGCUCCAAAGGUCUCUGAAUUACAAACGGACAAAGGCAGUUUGAGAUUAGAUCUGGCAGGAUCAUUAUUUUGUAAGAAAUAAUAUGGUUCAGUUUUGUCUUACAAACUCCAUUUUCACCAAAAGUCUGACUUCUUGGUCAUCAAACUUUAUAGAAAGCACUGGAGGAUCUUUGCAGACCUUUUCAAUCAAGGGCUUACUUACAUGGUGGUGGGAGGUUGGGGCAGCCUGAUGACAGUUUACCAAGACUUGUCAAGUGCAAACUAUUACAGACUGAUGGUUUCCAAAGGAAAAUGCCCUUGUUAAAACACUGGGUCCUUACAAUGCCAACCGUCACCCAGCUCUGAGAAUUGCCCAUGUCUUGAAUGCCCACUUCUGAAACCUUGAAAAUCAGACUGUUAUCAUUGUUAUAAAAGCUAAUAAAAACACAGCUAUCUUACUUGG